UUUUCGGCCCUCCUUCCUCUACCGCCGCUGCCGGCCCGACGGUCGGGCUGGCGAAUCACUCUACUCCCACCCCACCCACCAGUCCGCCGGCCGGGAUCAUGGAGGACGUGAAGCUGGAGUUUCCCUCGCUCCCGCAGGGCAAAGAAGACGCCGAGGAGUGGACCUACCCUAUGAGACGAGAGAUGCAGGAAAUUUUACCUGGAUUGUUUUUAGGCCCAUAUUCUUCUGCUAUGAAAAGCAAGCUACCUAUACUACAGAAACAUGGAGUAACCCAUAUCAUAUGCAUAAGACAAAAUAUUGAAGCAAACUUUAUUAAACCAAACUUUCAACAAUUAUUUAGAUAUUUAGUCUUGGAUAUUGCAGAUAAUCCAGUUGAAAAUAUAAUACGUUUUUUUCCCAUGACUAAAGAAUUUAUUGAUGGGAGCUUACAAACUGGAGGGAAAGUUCUUGUCCAUGGAAAUGCAGGGAUCUCCAGGAGUGCUGCCUUUGUUAUUGCAUACAUUAUGGAAACAUUUGGAAUGAAGUACAGAGAUGCAUUUGCUUAUGUUCAAGAAAGAAGGUUUUGUAUUAAUCCUAAUGCUGGAUUUGUUCAUCAACUUCAGGAAUAUGAAGCCAUCUACCUAGCAAAAUUAACAAUACAGAUGAUGUCACCACUCCAGAUAGAAAGGUCAUUAUCUGUUCAUUCUGGUACCGCAGGCAGUUUGAAGAGAACACAUGAAGAAGAUGAUGAUUUUGGAAGCAUGCAAGUGGCUACUGCACAGAAUGGCUGACUCAAGAGCACCAUAGAGGAUGUGAAUUUCUAUUUGGGAAGGAGGAAACACUACAGACAAUACUAAUGUAAAGUGGUAAAAACACAAGUAGUUUCUUUUCAAUUAUAUGUUGCUUCCAGAUGUGUUUCUCUACAACUUAUUAAGCAACAUUGUAAGAUUUCUGCAAUAGAUGGCACUGAUGGUUUUACUCCUUUUCUUUUUAUUAACACUUUACAGUUUUAUUAUAAACUAAAAUUUUGGACUUGCAAAGAGGUAUUAUUGCAAUAAUGCACUUUUCAUACUUGAAAUUUAUUUGUAUGAUAUAAAGUUACUACUUUAAACAAAAUGCAAAGUUAGGGGAAUUUGUUUAUAAAAUUUGGGUAAUUUAUAACAAAAUUUCCUAAAGUUUGCUAAAAAUUCAUUUUGUGUUCUAUAUAUUACAUUUAAAAAAAUAAUUUUACAGUUCAAUUUUAUGAUGGAGCCUCUUACAGAAACAUUAACAAAUGCAGGAACCUGUCACCUUUCUUUUUUAUUAUAAUUAAAUAGCUUAAUAACCUUUUUAUUUUUUAAAACAUCUUCAUCCCUUAUCACUAAUCUUGAAAUCAUGACAAUAAGCCAACUAUUCUUACUUUAAGAUGAUCCAAGUAUUGCUUCCUUUCCUAUUACCUUUCUAAUUUAUUUAGUCUAUAGAAGAAAAAUAUCUAAUGAACAAAAGAUGCAUUGCUUUAUACCAGAUGCUCAAAAACAAGGAGAGUGUUAGAUUUUCAAGUGACUUUCUUUUCACAUUUCUUAGAAGCCAAAUGUUGUUUGUUCUUUUUAGAGUUGCUUAGCCCAAUUUUUUGUCCAAAAUGGUUCUAAAUAGACUAUAAUAAACCAAUGUAGCACCAUUUUUUUCCUAAAUGAA